CCAUUGUCAUUUGUUUCGAAGCCCGGAGCCCUUCACACUUGAUUUAGGUUAUUCCUCUAUUUCGACCGAGUGGACCCUUGCUGGCCUCAUCUGGUAUCGUCGCUGGUGGGACACUUUCACUGGAAUCAUUCGUCCCUAGAAGAAGCGGGCUUAUGGCAGAGAACAAACGCCAAAGUGUGGGAGCGAGAGCAUCUGCGCAAGGACCGACUGGAGGUGCUACUGGACAGGGAACGACAGGUGCCAUGGUGCCUUUGGAAGUGGCAUUGAGCGGCGCCAUCGGCGCACGUGUCCGCAUCAGCACAGCCCCGGUCGCAUCGACGAUUGAGGGUACACUCUUUACAGUCUGCCCCAUCACGAAUCUGGUCGCCAUCGACACUGCCGACGGAAAGCAGUCCCAAACAGGCGACUACCGCAUCAUCCCGGUCUCGCGUAUACAGUCCUUCCAGAUCCUUUCCCUCGCACCGUCUGCCACCGCCGCCGAUGGACCGUCCUUCGCUGACGCCGUGCCACCCCUCCACGCUCUUGAUAUACGGUCCCUGAAGACUCGGGAGGCCAAUGCCAUUGCGAAAGCGCUGGAAAGCGAAGCUCGUCGCGGCAAGGGCGUGACUCGCGAAGCGCAGGAUAUCUUCGACGCUUUCAGUCGAACCAUGCCGGCCAGAUGGGAUGGGGCCAAGAUCAUCGUGGCGGAUGCGGUGUCCAUUGCGGCUCCGUACCGCGUGGAUGACUGCCGGCCUCUGGUGGCUGGUGACACAGCUGCUCUUGCCCGAGUACGCAAGGUGCUUGAGAUGGAACGCAAGAAGAUUGAACUGCGCAAUGCCAGCGCCAAUAUCGGACCUGGCGCUGCAGGCCAGAGAAAGGGCGGUUGAACCGAUUUCCUGUUCUAUACCGAAGCUGACUACCUCUGUCGACGGCAUUUUUGUUUUAUAUGGUACGGUCAUGAAAGCGCGUUUGAGUGGGAAUAUAUGCCCAUCCGCAUGGACCAGCGAGAUGAGAAGAGCAUUUGGGGAACGAGUGAUCGGCCCCGUGAGAUUUAACUAUACAUGGGAAAGCGGGUCUGAGACUUUUAGAUGAGUCGCAAGAAAACGACAUGACGGACGGGUGAGGUGUGAUAUGGGUGAGCUGGGGCGGAAAAUAGAAAUUUCUCUGCUGUUGCAUUGGGUUGUAGUAGGUAAGG